GGUGCCACGACCGAGCUGUCCUGCUGUACGAGUACGUGGGCAAGCGAAUCGUGGACCUGCAGCACACAGAGGUCCCUGACGCCUACCGUGGCCGCGGCAUUGCCAAGCACCUUGCCAAGGCUGCCCUGGACUUCGUAGUGGAGGAGGAUCUGAAGGCCCAUCUCACCUGCUGGUACAUCCAGAAGUACGUCAAGGAGAACCCGCUGCCGCAGUACCUGGAGCGCCUGCAGCCGUGACCGCCGGCGAGGCCCUGUGGCCCUCCCUCCAUGCGGACUCCCAGGCCGCGCGCGCUCAGGACCCUGCUCCCGCCCUGGGAACAGGCUCAGAGUUAUUUUUGUAAGGAUGCCCACCCAGCCGAGGGCCAGGUCCUGAAGGCGGCUGCCUGAGGCUGGGUGCUGCAGUGGCUGAGAGGAGGAAGGCCAGGUGGCCGCGGUCCCCACAGCCCCUCCUGCAGAGACGCUCCAGCCUGCACAGAGCUUCUGUGGGCACCGCAAGGGGGCCUGGGGCCCACUGGAUCCCUGCUCUGCGGUCAGCGGGAGGCCGGCAUGGGACCCCUGCCACCAUCUAGAGCGCAGUCCCUCCUGCAGAGGAGGAGGGUGCUCCCCAGAGCUGAGAGGGGCAACAAGAGACUUGAUGUGCCAACUUCCCCGGGUGGUCGUGCCAAGCCUCCGCUGCCACUAGCACUGCCCCCUUCUCUUGCUCAGACUUCAGUGCCCUGGCACAGGUGGUGGAGCCACAGUACGGGGCAGCGUCCCUGGUACGAGAGCGCGGGGUGGUGGGUGGAACUCCGGCCCAGGCUUCACUGCACGUGUGCUCACACCAACACGUGUGCCCGGGACGUGGGUGGGGACAGGCUGGGCCAGUGGGUAUCUUCCUCCGCUUGGUACCCUCAUCUUCCAUCCACUCUGCAGGAAAACGAGGUCUCCCAUGCCCUGGCCUGAGCGGGGCUACCCAACCCCCAUCUGCCAGACCUGGGACGCCCGAGUGAGUGCAGCCUGACAAGCAUCACAGGGUCCCGGCCCUGCGUGGCCUUCCGGCCACCACCUGUCUGGGCUUUCCAAGAGGGCUGACCUUGGAACUGGGGGAGGAGGGAGGCAUGUUGCCCCCAGCAAGCACCGUCGUCACCCACGGGGCAGGGGCCUUUCAGCCCAAGGGAUUUCCUUGCUGCCACCCGUCCCCAGAGUGUUCUCUUUUGUGGCCAGCCGUGGGCAGGCCUGUCCCAAGUCCCAGGGCCCCUCCCAUACCAGCUUUCCUGGCAACGCCCUGGGGAGGCUCACUGAAUAUACCUUGGCCCCAGGGUACCCACCUCUUGGGGGACUGGCUAGGGCUUAUCUUCUGGACCUCUUUUCCUCGUUGCCCACAAAGGUCAGAUCCAGUUCUCAGGAGAGCUGGGGGGUGACCUAGGAGUCACCUAGGGUCGAGGUGUUAGUCAACAAGGCCCCUCCCAGGGAUCUGGGGGUCUCGGGUGGGCUCAGGGUGCCCCAGCAAGAGGCUGAUAGGCCCCCCACCCCGCCCUCCUGCAGUACCCAACCCCAGGCGGGUGGGUGCUGGGGAGUGCCCGUCACGACUCCUCUGGUGCUGGCCUCGCCUGUGGGUGUCCUCCACCCCUCCCUGCCCCAGUCUUGGCACAGACGCCUCCAGCUCCCCCAGCCGCAGCAGCUCAGGGCCCAUCCCAGUCGCACGUGCUCAGACGGCUUCUCGCCUUUGCCAGGGGUGUUGGCAUCUGCACACACGAGACAGCCUGGCAGCCUGCUUUGCUGCCCCCGAGUCCGCUGCCCUCGUCCCCCACCGCUGUGAACCCUGGGCUGCGCUAGCAGCAGCCGCUGCCCUUAGCACUUACUCUUCCUAUACUGUGGGCCCAGGAGAGCCUGGUGCCCCUACCCCUUGCACCAUCCUUACCUCUGCCAAGUACUCUUAAGGACCAGAGAACCCUGGGCCUCCGGGGAGAACUUGCCAGAAGGAGAGAUGUCCUCUGAGGCGCCAUUCCUUGUAGGCCCCUGGGCAGCCGCGUGGGCUGGCCAAGGUCUGCACCUUCCCCGCUGCCUUGGGCCGCAUGGGUUGGGGGCCUCAUCCUCCCCUCCCUAAGGGUACCUCUCCCAAGUUCCCUCGCAGGCUGUCCUGCCCGUAGGAUGCUGUGGCCUAGGGGCCCCAGCGUGCCCACAGGAGGGUCCUCUCAGGGUGGCCCAGGGACCCGUGUCCAGAGGCAGCAGCCGGCCCUGCUCUUCCUGCCCCGAGCUGAGAUCCCACACGCCCAACAGCAGGGGCCUUUCUGUGAGGGCUGUGAGCCCACCAAACAGUACUUGAACAAGGAGGCUGGGGUAGUGGAAGCCCUGGAGGACUGGCCCAGGAGAAACAGCUGGGGCUUCCUUGGUGGGCUUGUCGCAUGUCCCCGCAGGGUGACACAAGCAUCCUUGGCGCCUCAGGCUGCCUUAAAGUACCACUGACCCCACCCUGGGGGCUCAGCAGCGCUGUGCCAGACCCCGAGGUUCCCCAUGGGGCGUGGUGACCCAGCAAUAACCACAUGGCCCACCUGGAGCCGCAGCCCAGUUCAGCCCCUCCGGUGCUCCCCCAUCCGUCCAGUUCCCGCCUCACCUUAUCCCUUUCCCGAGUCCUAGGAGCUGGCUGCAGGGGUCCUGGGUGCAGCCAGGGGCACGGGGACUCCUGCCCCACCACACCAGCAGCUUGCCGCAGGGUUUGUGCUCCCCUGGGGUUUUUUCUCCGUCUGCGAGGCAGUAACGCAUGUGCCUUUUCCACUCAGGACCUGCGCCAGUGGUGUUGGGGCCAAUGGCAGGCUAGACCUCCUUUGUCAUUUUGCAGGCUUCCAAACCUCACGAGACACUCAGUGCAAGGCAAGGGCCUGCAGGGCUCCUCCCAGGGCCUGUGCUUGGUCCCGUGAUGGAUGGAUGGGUUGCCAGUCUUAACUGAGGAGCCUGGGCAGCAUGGGGGCAGGGGCACCCUAGGGUGAGAAAGGGCAAAGACAGGCUGUGCAGGUGCCCUGCUCUGGGUUUUUUUGGGAGGGGGGAGUGGUACAGAGAACCCUGGGCCUCCAGGAAUAAAAUUGCCGGCAGGAGGUAUCAGCUGGGGUGCUCCAUCCUUGCACAGGUUGAGAAAAGCAGAUCUGGGGGUUGAACUCAGGAGCCCCUCUCAGUGAGCUGUAUCCCCAGCCCUUUUAACUUUUCGCUUUGAGAGAGAGUUUCACUAACUUCCUGAGGCUGGGCUUGAACAUGGAACCUUCCUGCCUCAGCCUCCCUUGGUGUUGGGAUUACACAGCCUCUUGUUUUUGAACAUCACUGCCUGCCUGGGGGAGCAACCCCAUUCUCCAGAAGAGGACAAGGCUCUAAGGGACCCAGCAUGUCAGUGGCAUCAGGAUUCCAUCCCCAGCCUGUGCCACGGUGCUGACUCCUCCAUCCUGGGCACCACGCCCUGGCCCUCCCCUCCCCCAGGUGUGCAGUCCAGCCCUGCUGUGUUGCCUGCGCAGCCCCGAGGUCCUGUCAGCCUUGUACAGGAGAGCUGUAUUUGGUCCUGCAAACUCUCGGGAGACUUCUGGACCAGAGCAGGGAGGUGAGGCUCGGACAUCAGGGAGCAGUGGUCAGGUUUCCAAAGCCCAAAACCACAGGAGUUGUGCACCGUGCCGAAGCCCGCAUCCCUGCUCCCUGGCUGCCAAGACGUGUCCAACUGAGUGGGGAUUUCUCCUCUUCCUUCCCGCUGCGGGGUUACGUGGCUGCCGCGGCAAGAGGGGAGGAGACAGCGGGUGCCACGCGCUUCGCAGUCAUAUGCCGUUGAUUGUCACGGUAGUCCUGAGAGGUACUAAUCACGGGCCUGUUGAGCAGAUGAGGAGGCUGAGGGUCUUGUGAGGGGGUUUCCCAUCUUUGGCCGCACAGCUAGCGGACACUGGCUCCAAGCCUCGUUCCUGCCCUCUAGAUGGUUCCAAGCCUGUGUGUGGUCUCGUCUACUUAGGUGACAGCCUGCAUCAGAAAGCAAUAAAACUUCCAGCGACUUCCUGCUCACUUGGAGGGCUGAGGUGGGCUCUGCUGAGCUGUCAGGUGUGGACUGCAGGAGGGUGCCUGGCCGGCACGUGCACGGCCAAAUCACAUGGGAAGCUGGGGUCGGAGCUGGAGCGUUCUUGGGGCGCCUGGCUGUGUACUCACACUGUCCUUCCUCAGUUCAGGAGUCUCAGACUCGUUGGCAUCCAUCCACACACCCUUCUGCUCUUCUCAGGGUCCCACUCCUUUCAGAUCAGUGCCCUAAAUUUCGUGUAAGAAAUCCGACAAGGCUGUGAAUUCAACUCAACUCUGCAACCUGCAGGAUCAAAUCUAGGGUUGUUUUCAGUUGUAUCCGUCCUAUGGCUACAAGGUAUUAAAGAUGCUUUUCUGGUUGUCAAA